UAAGUCUCGGCAGGUGUCUUGUACAGGUGUUCAGUCGGCUAGUGGCGCGUAUUCGCGUGUCCGGUAUGUACGUUAUUCUCUCGGCACGAUAAAGUAUUUUACCGAUGUUGAAUAAAUAUAUAAAAAAAAGUGCGUGAAAUUUUUAUUUCAAAUCCAUAAAAAUGUCUCGAUCAUGGUGUGAAGUGAUAGAUUCGAAAUAUCGCGAAAGGUGAUUAUUGCUAAGAGUAAAAUUUUCACACGAAAGAUUGGCGGCCGACAUCGCGGGUUAUAUUGCAGUUGGAUAUUAUGCUAAUCACAUUACGGUCAGAAUGCGGGAGGAAGAACUUGAGAUAUCACUCAAGGUGGUGAUAGUCGGUAAUGGUGCUGUGGGGAAAUCGUCGAUGAUCCAAAGGUUUUGCAAAGGUACUUACACGAGAGACUAUAAGAAGACCAUCGGUGUCGAUUUUCUGGAACGGGAGAUAGAGGUGGAUGGCGAGGACGUAAGACUGAUGCUGUGGGAUACUGCCGGUCAGGAGGAAUUCGACGCAAUCACUGCGGCUUAUUAUCGCGGCGCCCAUGCCUGCGUCCUCGCUUAUUCAGCCACGGACAGAGAUUCCUUCGACGCCAUUCCUUCGUGGAAACUGAAGGUGGAGAACGAGUGCGGCGAAAUUCCCACGGUUCUUGUACAAAACAAAAUGGACCUCGUUGAUCAGUGCGUCAUUGAUCCGGACGAAGCUGAGAGACUUGGUCGUGCCCUCGGCUGUAAGCUUUUAAGAACAUCCGUGAAAGAGGACGUUGGAGUCAUGAGCGUCUUCCGGCACUUGGCAUCAAGAUGUCUCCAUGAGAUGCGUCGCUGUGACGAUGAUUAUCAGGAUGACCUGAGAUUAUACUCAGCCGGACCUAGAUCUCCUUCCGUAAUAAGUGCAUUUAGUCCGAAUGGAUCCACGUGUGGUCGGAAUACAGGGAAUGGUACCAUAGUUUUGCGACCAGGAACCAAGGCAAAGAAUCAUAAGAAAAAAAAUUUUGUAAAAAACGCUUGUAGGCUACUUUAGUCUUUGCG